AUGCACAUAAUUGAUUCGGAGAAACUCAAACUUUCAUCAUCUUUGUCGAAGAUGGGAAUACCAGGCUUUUUUCGCUGGCUAUCCUCACGGUAUCCGCAUAUCGUAAAAGAAGCCAAGAAAACACCUCGGAGCAGAACCGACUUCUUAUAUCUAGACAUAAAUGCAUUUUUCCACAUUGCUCUUCGUAAAAGGGUGAAAAGUAAACAGAAGAAGUUAACGUCUCGGGGCAUGUUGUCAAAAGUUUUUGCAGAAAUGGACUCGGCACUUAAUGUCUGCAAUCCACAAAUGCUCGUAUAUAUUGCCAUGGAUGGCGUCGCACCUCGAGCAAAAAUGAAUGAGCAAAGAUCUAGAAGAUUUUUAUCUCGAUCCGAGAUAGAUGCGGAAAAUGCCGAAUUGAUAGAAGAAGCGCAAAAAAAAUCAAAGACGGGAUUUUAUGUUCCUGUCGAUAGUGUGUCAAUAUCAGCAGGAACAGAAUUUAUGCAAGUGGCGCACGAUGCAAUUAAAUAUUAUAUAUACCAACGGUUAAAUGGCAAAUUCAAAAACCUCCAAAUUAUAUUUAGUGAUUCUAAUGUCGCUGGAGAGGGAGAACACAAGGUUUUCAGGUUUAUGAAUGCACAACGUAAUCACCCAGAUUACAAUUCUAAGCAUCGACAUGUUGUCUGCGGAGGAGACGCGGAUUUCCUAAUGUACGCCCUAUUAACGCACGAACCCAAUCUUCGCAUCUUGCGACCUGGACUCGAUGGAAAGGAUGUUAUGCUUAAUAUAAGUACUCUUCGUAAGCUCAUUAUUCGUGACAUGGUUCAGCAGACGUCUAUGGAAAUUAAUGAAGACAACAUAAUAGAUGAUUUCGUGUGCAUCGCCAAUUUGCUUGGUAACGACUUUCUUCCACGACUAUCCCAUUUAGGUGAGGCAAGGGUUGACAUGCUUUUCCUAGCUUAUAAUUCCUACUUUAGAAAAGAACGGAGUUACAUAACCAAAAAUAGAGCCGAGAUAAAUAUAGAAAAUUUUCUCAAAUUUAUAAGGUGCCUUUCGCAAUUGAAGAAGUCAAAUAUUUUGAGAAGAAAUAAGAUACAAGAUGAUACAUUUGAAGAGAACGCGAUUUCCAAGAGAGCGAAUGAUUAUUUAAAAACUAUUUGCUGGUCAUUCCAAUAUUAUAGCGGAGAUUGUCCGAGCUGGAGGCAUUUUUACCCACAUCAUAGAUCUCCAGCCAUUCUAGAGAUUUUGAAGCAUGUCAAAGCCGACGGAUUCGAUCAAACCUUCAAUACCGAUACUCCAAUGCGACCAUUCGACCAAUUAAUUUGUAUUUUACCACCAAAUUCCAGCUAUCUCGUCCCCCCACCUUUCCGUUCCUUAUUUACUGAUCCCGAUUCGCCUCUUCAGGAAUACUUUCCAAAAGCAUUUAAAACCUUUCAUUACAAGGCCCUUUUACCAUUUGUUGAUGAAGAAAAUUUAGCUCGGGCAAUGGAGCCAGGCUACGCAUUGUUGGACGAAAAAGAUGCAUUAAGAAAUUCCAUAAAUGGCCGAAUUAAUAUGUAUGCCGGUCGUGAGUCUUCAUUAUACCCAACUUUGCAUUCUCUUUGUUCCAGUGGAGGCCGUACUCUCUCAUCAAAUUCGUCAGUUGUAUUUGGGAAAUUAUCAUAUGAUGGGCCUAUGCUAAAAUCAGUUAAUGCCCCCGUUGAUGAGUUCCAAAGAAUCAACUAUAAUAAAGUCGCCAUUGCACAAUAUCAAUUACCGUUGAAUACAGAUGAGUCUGAUAUUCCGUAUAUAAUUCCGCAAAAAAGCCCCAACAAGAAAUCUUUUGCCCUCAAGUUACAAGAGAAACUGCCCAGUGAUUACCGAAUAUCUCAUUCUGAAGGUUCAAUGUCAUCGCCUGUUCCUUACGCGAAUCUUAAAAAGAACAAGCUCAGAAACUCCAGCAAUGUCAAUAGAAUAUCUGCUUCGAUUCAUACUAGCGCUUCAUUCGGUGCAACAAAGAUUCAUUCCGGAAAAUCAAUGCCUUCAUUUGGUAAACAAGAGUAUCGAUUUUAUGGCCCGAGCUCGAGUAAUUCGAGAAUAAGAUAA